AUGGCCGACUCCGAUGAGGAAUAUGUGGGAGAUGUGACUGAAGAUGAGGAUGAUCUUCAGGUCUCCCGGAACGAUCGGACACGAUCUGGGAAAAGGAAGCAACGCGGUGCUGCGGAGUGGGAGCUAUCCAGGACUUGGGAGACCUUAGUCGAAGGCGCAGAUGGUACCAUCAGCUCGACGGUAGAGGGUCUGCUAGAGGCAGGCAAGCGGAAGAGACUGUUGAAAGAUACCACCCCUCUACAACGCGGCAUCAUACGACAUCUCAUCUUGAUCCUAGACCUCUCACAGUCGAUGUCGGAAAAGGAUCUCCGCCCAACCCGAUACCUCUUGUCCCUACGAUAUGCGCAGGAAUUUGUCCGGGAGUUCUUUGAACAAAACCCCAUCUCUCAACUCGGUGUUCUGGGCCUGAGGGACGGUUUGGCCUUUCGCGUCAGUGACAUGAGUGGAAAUCCGACAGAACACAUUACCUCCAUUCAGAAUCUCAGACCACAGGACCCCAAGGGUCUUCCAAGUUUACAAAAUGGACUUGAGAUGGCCAGAGGCGCUCUUUUCCACACGCCAAGUCAUGGUACUCGGGAGGUAUUGGUUAUCUUCGGUUCUCUACUUUCAUCAGACCCCGGAGAUAUCCAUCAAACAAUCAACACCCUAGUCACCGACAAAGUACGAGUACGAAUCGUCGGACUAGCAGCACAAGUCGCCAUCUGCCGAGAACUCUGCACAAGGACCAAUGGAGGCGACGAAACGGCGUACGGCGUCGCUCUGAACGAACAGCACUUCCGCGAAUUGAUGAUGGAAGUGACAACGCCUCCGGCAGCGUAUUCUGAAAAAAGAACCGCCAGCUCCCUACUGAUGAUGGGUUUCCCAUCACGGACCGUGGAAGCUGACCCAUCGCUCUGUGCCUGCCACUCAAAGCCGUCCCGGGGCGGAUAUCUUUGCUCUCGCUGCGGCAGCAAGGUCUGCAGUCUACCGGCUGAAUGUCCAUCUUGCGGACUGACUUUGAUUCUUUCCACCCAUCUGGCGCGCUCUUAUCACCAUCUUUUCCCGUUGAUCAAUUGGGUCGAAGUCCCGUGGAAUCGGGCUUCGAUAAGCUCGGCUUGCUUUGCUUGUGGGCUUCACUUCCCGCCGGUGCCGCCGGAAGAUCAGUGGCAUACGGCUGAGAAUCAUGCCAAGGGGAUGAGUGCUAGUAGUCGGUACGAAUGUACUGCUUGUGGAAACCAUUUCUGCAUCGACUGCGAUCUCUUUGCCCAUGAGGUUGUUCACAAUUGUCCUGGGUGUCAAAAACACGCAUGGGCCAACUCCCCCGAACCCAUCUACACCAUCCCCUUUCUAAAGGUCUGGGACGAGAAUUCAGGUAGUCGCCCCGAUGACUCGAAUAGACUACAAGCCCGUUUGUCCCAGCAAGCCUUAGGCUCGCGACAAAGCCGCGAAGAGGCCCUAACCACACAUGCCGAGAAGUGGGAAUGGGACCCAACGCCAUUUAUCUCGUUCAAUUCGUCGGUUGCGGGUUUGCGGCAAUUUCAACUCCUCGCCCGGAGUUGGUCACCAUUCCCUGCAUGGCUUACUGUUAUCAAUCCGAAUGUUCGUAUCGCUAGGGGCCUGCCUAUGAUCAAAAUGGACGAGGAGAUGAGAUACUAUCAGGUGGAUCCGGAUUGGGGGGACUAUUCGUUGUAUAGGGAUGAGUAUCUUUGUCUUUGGGAGGUUACGCCUGAGGAGGUUGUAGGGCACUGGGAGUGGAAUGAGCUUAUUAAUGAUGCGAAUUGGUAUGAAGAUCUGAUUCUUCCUGCUUUCAAUGCUCAUAAUGAGGAAUUUCUGCGCGGUAAUGAGAUGAACUUUGAUAUGUCGCCGUUACGACGGGCUUUGCCUUGCUCUGAGCUGGGAUAUCCCACAAAUUAG